CUAUGGUUUUAGAAUAAUGUGAGAAGAAAUUUGAGUGUAUUUGGUAUUUGUGAAUGCAAGAGAGUGUAAGAUUUUAGGAAUAAAAAUGAGAAAUAAUGAAAAUGAAAAUGAAAAUCAAAAUGAAAAUGAAAAUCAGUGUGAGAGUGAAGUCACAAACAAAAACCCUUAUCCUCCGCCAACUGCUGAAUACAAUGACCUAAUUCAUGAUCCUAAUCUCUUCCAUCAAAAGCUUCAAUCUUUUCACGAUUCAUUUGGUACCAAAUUAAAGAUUCCUACUAUAGGGGGAAAGCCACUAGAUCUACAUCACCUUUUCGUUGAAGUAACAUCUCGCGGUGGUGUGGAAAAGGUGAUUGUGGAUCGGAAAUGGAAGGAAGUGAUUAUGACGUUCAAGUUCCGAGAUACCAUAACAAGUGCAUCAUUCAUGGUGCGUAGGUACUAUCUAUCGUUGCUUUAUCACUUUGAGCAAGCGUAUUAUUUUCGCAAGCAAGUCCCUCCCUCAACACCUGAUGUUGUGAGUGGGAGUCUUGGCAAUAGCUCCACAAUCAAUAGGGAGGGUGCUUCUAUCAACGAUUCACCUUUUCAGGUUAGUCCAGCACAGACACUUGGUUCUGCAGUGCAUGGAACAAUUGAUGGGAAAUUUGAUGGUGGAUAUAUAGUUACAGUGGACCUUGGUUCUGAACAGCUGAAAGGAGUCCUGUAUCAUGUUCCUAGUAAUGUGUCUCAGAGUUCUUACGCUGAAGGUACGCCUCUUUCAAAGAACCGAAAAAAAUCAAGAUUGGAAUUAAGUGAUCCAUCUCGGCCGAAAUCAAAUAGGAGUGGUUACAAUUUCUUUUUUGCUGAGAAUUAUGCCAGGCUAAAGCCGUCAUUUCACGGGCAAGAGAGAGCAAUUGGUAAAAAAAUUGGGUUUCUAUGGAGCAAUCUGACAGACGCAGAAAGACAGGUUUAUCAAGAGAAAGGGUUGAGAGAUAAAGAAAGAUACAGGAUUGAAAUGUUGAAGUACAAAUCAAACAAUUCAAUAUCUGAAUAGACUCUUUUAUAUAGAAUUCUCAGACUGCCAUUUCAUAUAACUCCACCUUUUGUUCUUUGCUUUUAGAAGGGUAGUUUUUUGACAACUCUGGUGUAAAGUAUGGUGAAUAAUUUUGCAAAACAUCUUUUAGUAGUUCAUUUUGUUGUAGCUUUUUCUAAAAUCAUGGAUCUUUCCUUCAAUUUAUGCCCCUUAUUUUUA